CAAAUCAAUAGACUGUCGCAUCAGAAACGACAAUCGAGCAACAAUUUCUCAUCAGCUGUGCGAGUAAACGUGCAAGAACUACACUUUGCUACAAGUGAAAGGGACAAAGGCCAACCAUUAUCUGUGCCUAGUGAUAUAAUUGUUGUUCCGAGUGCAAAUUAGCAAAGCAGUGCUAGAGUUCAGACCAGCUACUUGGCUGCAAGGUACUUUCUAAUAUUCAAACGCCGACCAACUAGCGAGGUCAGGUAGCCAAAGUAACCCGUUCCGUGUUGCAUGGUGUGCGGCCUACGUGACUCAGAAACAGUUAUCAAUGGCGCAACACACACGCAAAGUUCAGUGACCAAUUUCUGUGCAGCAGCCAAACGCCAAACGCAACCCCUGAAACUCCUCAGACGGCGUCUAACGGCCAACUGAUAAAGUAUUGAACUGUCCGAGUGGCAGUUGUGUUCUACUAAAUAUUACUACUUGUUAACUAAACAAAUACCUCGGCACAAUGUUGGACGUGAUCCAACCCAGCAGCAACCUCCCGACCAGCGAGAGCACCGAUGUUGUGGUGGUCAGAGCCAGGCCAAAGAAGGUAUUUAAGCCAAAGGCGCGUAUCAAUCGGAUUCCCCAGGAGCUGCUCGAUGAUCCACUGCUGCAACAGGCCAUCGACCGCCUGCCCUCGAACUACAACUUCGAGAUGCACAAGACCAUCUGGCGCAUUCGGGAGAUGAAGGCCAAGCGAGUGGCCCUGCAACUACCGGAGGGCCUGCUGAUGUACGCCAUGGUUAUCAGCGACAUUGUAGAGCGAUUCACCAGCGCAGAUACUGUGAUAAUGGGCGAUGUGACUUAUGGAGCUUGCUGCGUGGACGACUACACCGCCAAGGCGUUGGGAGCUGAUCUGCUGGUCCAUUACGGCCACAGCUGCCUCAUUCCCGUGGAUCAGACGUGUGGCAUCAAGGUGCUGUACAUUUUUGUGGACAUCAAAAUCGAUCCGCUGCACUUCCUGGACUCUGUAAAGCUUAACUUCCGCCCAGAGGUGGGCCAAAUAGCUUUAGUCAGCACAAUACAGUUUGUGACAACGCUGCAGGCUGCAUCUACUGAGCUGAAAGCAGCGGGUUAUGAUGUGAUAGUACCACAGGCCAAGCCACUUAGUCCUGGAGAGAUUCUUGGGUGCACUUCCCCUCAGCUGCCGGAGACAACCAAGAUGAUAAUCUAUCUGGGUGACGGACGUUUUCAUCUGGAGUCCGCAAUGAUAGCAAACCCCUUGCUGAAGGCCUACAAGUAUGAUCCCUAUGAGAAGAAGUUCACCACAGAGCAGUACGACCACUCGGCGAUGCAGAAUCUUCGCCUAGACGCUGUUCAGCGGGCUAAGAAGGCGCGUCGCAUCGGCAUCAUACUUGGAACACUCGGAAGACAAGGAAGUUCAAGAGUGCAUCGUUUUUUGGAGAAGCGACUUCAUGCCAAGGGUAUCGAAACCACUACAUUAUUGCUGUCGGAGAUCUUCCCACAGAAAUUGGCUCUUUUCGCCGACAUCGACGCAUUCGUGCAGAUUGCUUGCCCGCGACUUUCAAUCGAUUGGGGAUCCGCCUUUAGCCAACCGUUGCUGAAUCCUUACGAGCUGUCCGUGGUUUUGGGCGAUGUCGAGUGGACGCCACAUAACUCGUCGCCGCGCAACAACGCCUAUCCGAUGGAUUUCUACGCCAGCGGCAGCCUGGGACCUUGGACUCCCAAUUUCAAGCCACCAGCGAUAGGAGAGUGCGAGAACAAGCCCUCGGCUGAUUGUUGUGGAAGAUGCACGCGAGCGGAAUUGGAGAAGGAUGAUUCCGGCAAGGCAGCGGCCCUGGCCGAUCUUCUCGACUUUAAGAAGGGAUAAACGAAUUGUCUGGCUCGCUUCCUACUGCCCACGGAUGCCCUCCAUCUCAAUCGAUCAGCCCAGAUCGUCUGCCCAAAUAUAUUGAUUACCUACUAAUUUAGUUAGUACAAAUUCGGUUUUUAAGCUAUUACUUUUAGGGCAUCUUUUGUGUUCAUCACAGAUAGGUUCAUAAUUUGUAUGUUCACAAUAGUAUGUGUUCUUUAGUUUAUUUAUCAUAUACACUUUUUUAACAGAGAUGCAAUUGUUAUAUAGCAACAAAAAUGUACACCAUUUGCAACAUUAAAAUAAUGUUUUAAAGGACUCCUGAAUAUUUUGGAAACAGUCAUUUUA